UCCAAAACUAAAAAAAAUCAGUUUUUAACUUUCAUUGCUGCAAGGAUAUCGAUUUGUCUUCAAGCCAGGCCUGUCAGUUGCUGCCAUUUAAGAUCUGUUUAGUGUGGACUUGCACAAGCUCGGAGCUAUUAUUGGUUUAGCUAAUUACUGCCAAUUACCAACAAUCACUACCAAUUUACAGCUCAAACAACUACACGAAGCAUCUCAUCUGUCGCACACAGUAAGAGCUUCUCAUCACAACAAUUUUGAAACGUUGAUGAUACAAUGCCAGUAGCAAUGCAAAACUCUCCUGCUGAAGUGUCUGAAGAUAUGACCCAAAAGCUUGUUGCAGAUUCACCUCGUGAAAAAGGCUCAUCAUUGAGCUCUGAGCCCUCACCAGAAAGGAGGAAAUCUGAAUCCUCAGACAAAGGGGACCUCAGUGAGUCAGAAUCAAAAGCAAAGAGACAGCAGAGAAGGUUUAGGACCACUUUCACAAGUUACCAGUUGCAAGAGUUGGAAACAGCCUUUGCUAAAACUCACUAUCCUGAUGUAUUUAUGAGAGAAGAUCUGGCUAUGAGGAUAAAUUUGACUGAAGCCAGAGUGCAAGUCUGGUUUCAAAAUCGGCGGGCCAAAUGGCGCAGAACACAGAAAGCGAAUCAACUAGCAAUGCAAGAGAUGAUGAAUGGCAAACAAAUGAUGCCCUUUCCUCCAGGCGCUGCACCACACCAUGCUCUACCACCCCCUCAUCAUGCGUACAUGCCCAUGUCAUCCAUGAGUGCAGCAAGUUUCUCUCCAAGUAUCUCACCAAACAGCUCUGUCUUAAUGACACCGAAGUCUGCAGGUGCUCAUCAAUUUAGCAAACCUCACCAACCCUUCGUUUUACAUCACCCCACUGCCAGCUCCUCACCUCCAAAUGUAACACCAUAUGGUCAAUCUCAUUCUGCCCCAUGGACUGCUCAGAAUCAGUUUGUAUUUCCCAGUCCAACGGCUAUGACCUUCUCUAACAAUCCCCCACCUCUCACAAGCAGUUCUCACACCAAUAACUCUGUAUUAGCUCAACAGCAAUGGUUGUAAACAUUACAGGACCUCUUCUAUUUAUGUUGUUUGUAAGAAACAAUGACGACGUUAGGAUGAAAUUAUAGUACAACCAAACCCGAUCAAAAAUCAUCUCCAAGAGUACAAUGAUUUCAUGCAGUUGAUUUACCAGUCUUUCUCCCUCUUUACAUAAUAAUUAUUAAUGACACUCCACUCAACAACUUAACUUUGGUACAUAUUUUUAUUUCAUCGCGGAGUAUAAUAAUUUUUAAUAAUAAUUAUGCAAUUUCAUAUGAUAAAUAAAGUGCACAAAAAUUUAUGUUGAAUCAAUUAUGAUUAGUGUCCAACAAUGAAAUUAUUAUUUUAUCUUGUCAGUUUAUUAUAAUUAUGGAUUCGAUGUAACAUGAA